AUGUCCCCCGAAGCAGCGAAGAGCGACAACUCGAGCUCUCGAGAUCUUCAGUCCGCUGUUCUGCAAACCACGCUGCAGGAGAUCUCAUCACGGCCAACGGAACCCGAGCGGUGCGCAUCGGCCGACGAUUGUUGCGUCAUCUGCCUCGACCAAAUCACCGAAGGCUGCGAAGCGCAACCCUGCCACCACCGAAACUUCGACUACCUCUGUCUGGUAACAUGGCUGGAACAACAAGCUGCAUGUCCUCUGUGCAAGACCGAGAUCAAAGAAGUCCGUUAUGACUUUAGCGACGAUCAGAAGCAGUGGAAAACGUUUAAGCCUGCACCGGCGCCGGCGGGUGCCAAAACGGCAGGAAACGCCGCUGCGGCCCAGCAAGAGAGGCGAUACUACUCCCAAGUACGACCCAGGCGACCACGACCGCAGAAUGCCCGCUCCUCGUAUCGAACAUUUGUUCCUUCUCAGGAUGAGACGAUUGCGCGCCGACGAGACGUGUAUCGCCGCCAACUGUAUUCGCUCCAUGUCGGCUCGAACCGAAUCUCUAGAUACCGAGACCUGACACCACAGAUGUUUGCAUCUGACUCUGAGUUGGUGUCCCGUGCUCGGACAUUCCUCCGGCGCGAACUUCAGGUUUUCGAGUUCCUGUCCCCAGAUAACGAUGCGCGCACGCCAGAGGCUGACCCUGUUCGGCGUCGCAGAGCCAACAAUGCCGAGUUUCUUCUGGAAUAUAUUGUUGCGAUUUUGAAGACCGUGGACAUGCAGGGCAGCAUGGGCCAGGCGGAGGAGUUGAUCCAGGAAUUUCUGGGACAGCUUGGCUUCGGAGUCCAUAUACGUCGUUGGAGAAUUGGGACCGCGCUGUACAAUAUCCAGACGUCAUUCCGAAGCGCCGGCGGUCUCAAAGCCCCAGCUCAGAACGUGGCGGCUCAAGCGCGGACGGCAUGCACCCUUCGCGGUGGAGAAGAGACGACCGACGGAGACAUCCGCGGGGGAGUUACGAAGCUCGACGCUCCCGUAAUCACGAGAGGUUGA